CUUUCAUCACCGCUACGUACUUACGCUCUUGCUCCUAUGCUAAGUGCUAGCUGAGUGGCUACUUUUCUGUACCGUUGCUUUCCUCCUGUUGUUGUUACCUGAGGGGGGGACACCAAACAGAAAGACCGCUAAACUUAACCAGAAAACCGUUAACAUUCUCCAGAGCGUCUGAGUGUCCGUGUCGGGCCGUCGACAUGGCUCUGCAAGGCCCGGAGGAGCUGGGGGAGCAGGUUGAAGAGCCGGAGGAUCUGGACGACCAGGACGCUAGUAGCAUCUCCCCGGCCGAGGAGAUAACGCUACCAGUCGGGCCCGGAGGCGACGAGGAGCCGGAGGAGGCUCUCCUGCUGCCCUGGGACCGCUUCUCCGCCUGGCUGCACUGCAUCUGCGUGGUCGGCUUCGACCUGGAGCUGGGACAGGCGGUGGAGGUUAUUUACCCUCAUCAUUCCAAACUGUCAGAAAAAGAGAAAACAAGCAUCUGCUACCUUUCCUUUCCUGACUCCAACUCAGGUUGCCUUGGCGACACCCAGUUCUGCUUCCGCUUUCGUCAGGGUUCCAACAGGAAGUCGUCGCUCGGCUGUUUCCUGGAAACCACGGACCGUGACGCACCGCCCUGUCUGAAGAGGGAACAGGGCCAUUACUAUGGUUACGUGUAUUUCCGUCAGGUGCGAGACAAGUCUCUGAAGAGAGGAUACUUCCAGAAGUCUCUGGUCCUGAUCAGUAAGCUGCCCUACGUGACCUUCUUCCACUCCCUGCUGAAGAUCAUGGCUCCAGAAUACUUUGAGAAACAGGAACCAUGUUUGGAAGCCGCUUGUAAUGACAUUGACCGGUGGCCGACGCCUCAUCCUGGAAGAAUCCUGACGCUGCCUAUUAUGGGCGUGGUCAUAAAGGUUCGUAUUCCAACCUGUUACGACAAACCAGGAACUUCACAGCUGGUCCAGUCUGCCCAGAGCGACAGUCUGGUGUCCAUCGUGCUCCCAACCAUCCAUGAAGUCGACCUCUUCAGGUGUUUUUACCCAGUCUUCUUCCACAUCCAGAUGCUGUGGGAGUUGGUGUUGCUGGGGGAGGCACUUGUUGUCAUGGCGCCGUCGCCAGCGGAGUCAUCAGAUACCGUGCUGGCACUGGUCAGCUGUAUCGCUCCUCUGCGUUACUGCAGCGACUUCCGGCCGUACUUCACCAUCCACGACAGCGAGUUUAAGGAGUACACCACUAGGACGCAGGCUCCGCCGUCAGUCAUUCUGGGAGUGACCAAUCCAUUCUUUGCUAAAACACUGCAGCACUGGCCACACAUCAUCCGCAUCGGAGACAUGAAGCAAGCAGGAGAGAUGGCCAAACAGAUGAAAGUCAAGAAACUGAAAAACCUCAAAACUCUGGACUCUAAACCCGGUGUGUACACUGCAUACAAGCCAUAUCUCAACAAAGAUGAAGAAAUUAUUAAACAGCUUCAGAAGGGUGUUCAACAGAAGAGACCCUCAGCGGCCCAAAAUGCAAUUCUUCGACGCUACUUCCUAGAACUGACACAGAGCUUCAUCAUUCCACUGGAGCGGUACGUUGCCAGUCUGAUGCCUCUCCAGAAGUCCAUCAGUCCCUGGAAGAGUCCUCCUCAGCUGCGACCGUUCAUCCAGCAGGACUUCAUGAAGACGCUGGAGAAGGCUGGACCUCAGCUCACGUCCAGACUGAAAGGAGACUGGAUAGGACUCUACAGGCAUUUCCUCAAGUCUCCCAACUUUGACGGCUGGUUCCGCAACAGGAGGAGAGAGAUGACCCAGAAACUGGAGGCUCUGCACCUGGAGGCGUUGUGUGAGGAGGAUCUGCAGCAGAGGAUCCAGAAGCACACAGAGGUGGAGUCAGUUGAUCUGGUUCUGAAGCUAAAAGAUAAACUGACCCAGGCGGAGAGGGAGCAGCUCCCUGUGCGUCCAGGGACCCUGGCCAAACUGAAAGCCCACAUCGAGGCCGUCAUCCUGGCGUUACCAGAGGACUUGCAGGGCAUCCUCCAUAAGCCCUCCACACCCUGAACUUUAACCCCUUCCGUCUGCAACCUGAAGCCACAGGUGGAGCUUGUUUUAAAGUUUUGGGGGCUCCCAGGCGGAGGGACCCUCGUUUACUCAGACUGGGUCCCAUGACCAGUUUAAGGGUCUCUAAUCUGGUCUAACGUGGGAAGCACACAGCACAUUUUUUGUUUUCCCAAAAUAUACAUCCCACUUCAGUUAUAUUUACUUUUAUCUCAGACUGCUACUGAGGCGGUUCAGUUGGAUUCAGAUCAAACGUAUCCCUCACGUCUCAGUGAUCAUGUGGUAUUGAAUCGGCCAGGCUGCAGCUACCCGACAUAAACUCCUCUGAGGGAUUUUCAGGCGGCAGAGCUGAACUUAAAAAUUGUGAGGAUGUUUUUCAUCAUGGAGACAUCAAGUACAGAAAGGAACACUUGAUGCAUUUGCUCUUUUAGCACAAGGCACAUCAUGAAAAGGUUCAUCUGAGCCUUUGGUGGCCCGCGUGCAGAAAGAUUUGUCAUCACCUUGGAAGUAAGAGCAGGAAGAUGAUCCCAGCUGACCUUUGAUCCUCAGAAUUUUUACCUCCUGACGUUUUUAAUUUUUACUUUUUUAACUUGACGGACAAUGGACUGCUGCAGUCAGGCUGAACUGACUCCAGAGUUUUUCAUCCAUUUUUAAAAAAAAAAAUGUUUUUAAAAGAAGUGCACUUCAUCGCUAACUGGACCAGUGUGCCCUCCACACACACACACACACACACACACACACACACUUUUAUGCAAACACACUGAAAUGAGCAGAGCCAAGCAGUGCUUUAUAAUUCAGUUUUACUAAAAUGUUCACUAAACUGCACACACACACACACACACACACACACACACACACACAGCAUUAAGCACCAGCGACCCUGUAAUAACUGUCGAUGCAGUAAACGGCUCUUGGCUCGUGUGCUGUAGAAGUGUGUUCAGAAGCCAGUCACAUCCCUGUAACCAUGUCACAUGAUCUCUCCGUAGCCUAUCAUAACAGUCUGAGGGAAAUAUUCAAAAUUGUCCUAAAAUGUUCAGAAAUCUUGGCGUGGGUUGUCAUUAUAUUUGUAUUUUUUUUUUGAAGACUGAAUCCGAAACUUGACUGUCACUGUUGUUGUGUGAAAAUGUUCUGCUUAUUUAAUGUUUUUAUUUCCACUGACCAAACCUGAGCUCCUCAGGAAGUCAUUGGCCCACUGGACUGCAAAUCUAUGGAGGCCCAUUUCACCAGGAAAGACAAAAUAAAUAAAACGGAAAGUUAGAAAUGUUAGAAAUACUCAUGGUAAAUCAAAAUUAUGAACUACUUAGUCAAAAUGAGUAGAAACUAAGUUAAAAUCUUAAGUCAAAGCUAUGAUAUAGUAUGUUCAGAUUCCUCUUAAGUAACAUUAUAUGAGAUUAUAAACUAUAAUAAAAGUUCAAAUUUUGACUUAUUACAUUUAUAAUAGUAAGUCAAAAUUAAGUAAUUCUGACUUACUACCUGAUAGUUUUGACUUGGUAUUUAAUAAUUUUUACUCACCAUUAAUAAAUUGUCAUUUCUAACAUUUAAUCUGUUCUUUUUUUUCUUUUCCUGGCAGAAAUGGGUUUUUAUAGUUAAAUGUCUGAUAAACUUGAGCUCAAAGCAAUACUGCUUUCCUCCCUUUUUAAAAACUUUUCACUUGGCAGCAGUGACACAAGAAAUUCAUGUGGGUAGUAUCUACAUGUCUUUCUUCGGGGAUAAAAAAUUAUAUUUGAAGUUCACCAUAUAAAUUACUAAUCCAGUCCAAUUCUGGCAAAUCCAGAGUGUAAAAUCCAUCUAACAGUUUUUAGACAUUUGAUGUUUUUUAAAAGUUUACUUGAAAAAGUAGAAUUUAAUGUUAUGCUUUGCAUCAAUUUGUAAGAGCAGGUUUUUUAUUUCAAAUGGAGGAAGACUAAGAUUUGGUGAUGGAAAAUCAUAAAUAUUUUCAGUGGCUCCAACUUUAUAAACCCCGGCCACUAAAACAAGACUCAUGUACACAGAUGAAUCUGCACUCACACUACCUAAGCUGCUCUUUUAAAUUCAGCUGACAUGAACGUUUGGGACAGUGAUGCUGAAGUGACAGUAAAGGCUGGUUUAUAUACUUAGGAUAUAAAUAAUGCAAAGUCUUCAGUUGUAAUUUGGGCGACAAAUCUCAAAGAUGUGUCGCACAGUGAUUGGAUGUGGGAAAAUAGACGUUGAGGGGAAAGUCUUAUAUUCUAGUAUUUCUUCCUCUGAAUGUAUAAAAAGUCUCACCUGGUUUCUAUGAAUUAUGAAAGCAAAACAUCUGACAAAACGCCUGACAUACCGGUGUAUUUUACAGAUAUACAGUAUAUGUAAGCCUUAAUGUCUUUCAGGAACUAAUGUGCUGUUUCAGUCUCAAUACCUAAGUCAUCAGUGAGUGAUUCAUUUAAGCAAAAUGCUCCUAUAAUCAUGUGACAAAACCUGCCGCAGUCAUCACAUUUUAGCAUUUCACCAUUAUCAAAAUGAGAAAGUGUUUAUUUGGAAGAUUUUUUUAAAGGUUUUUAAUACUAAGGCAUCAUUGAUAUCAUACUGUAGUAUGUUCUUGACAGCAGUUAAAGAGCAACAUGUUUAUAGGAAUUCAAAUUUUAUACCAGUAGCAAUACAAUGCGACUCUGAAGAUGGAGCUGUGUAUGGAAGCCCAUUUCUGCCAGGAAAGGAGAAAAAAAACAUUAGCAACGAUAAAAUUUACUACAUAUAUAUGUUAGGGAUGUCAACUGUUAACUGUUAAUUGGUUAACUGCUGAGAAUAUAGAGGCUCCGACACGGACAGAAGCACCAAUCUGCAGAUACAAAGAGACACAAUGGAUCCAUUUUACCAACCUGCAUGGCGGCUAGCGGCAUAGCUGUGUGUGUAGCCCAUAGAGUGUAUAAAAAAAUAAUGGUGUAGUGGCAGUGCCUCCAGUUUAAUAGCACCGUGCUGGUGUGCUGAAUGAUUGAGACUGAUAUGCUGCCAAUCAAUGUGGUAGAGAGUUAGCGAUUGAAAGAACUAGUUCGGUACCUCAAGCCCAAGUACAUUAUGCCAUCGAGAGCUACUGUAACUAAACGCAAUAAAAACACUUUUAGGUGAAGAAGGAUGUACUAAAAGUGAAGCUAACAAGGGCAGACAAGCUAGCUCUGACCACUGACUGCUGGACAGCUCUCACAAAUGGAAAGCUAAAUCACUUUUCUUAAAAAUUAACCAGUUAGUUGGUUAAUGGCUGUCAGUCUAUCAAAAGCAAAAUUAACCGUAACUGACAUCCCUAAUAUAUAUGAUAAGUCAAAAUUAUUAGAUACUAAGUCAAAAUUCCUAAAAACUCCUAAUUUUGUCAUUCCGCUGAAGUCAUAGUUUUAAAGUCAUAAUAGCAUCUUGAAAAUUGUAUGUAGUAAUAAUUUAAGUAAUAACUUAAAUUUAUUAAGUCUAAUAUUUUUGAUGUAUUAAUAAUUUUGACUUAUUACUUAAUAAUUUUACUGAAAAAGUCAGAAUUUUGAGUUGAUGUUGGUAUACUUUGCAGUAUGUCAAUUUCUACUAAAGUUGUAAUCUCAUAAUUUUGAUUGACCAUAAAUACUUUUAUUUUGCAAUUCCUCACAUUUAAUGUAUUUUUUAAAAUUUUGACAGUAAUGUGCUUCCAUACAUUAGAUGAUCGCAAAGACAAAUACCAGCUCUCACGUUAGUCCCGCCUCCACACACCUGCAUUAAAUACUUGCAAAGAUGCAACACAUUAAAACUGUUACAGCUAAAAACUAAAACGUCUGAGAAAAGUCCUGCAACAGGUGGCAAUAACUGACGAAAUUCACCAGCCACUUUUUAACCAGCCAGCUUUGUGGCUGCACAAUCAGACAGUGUUGGUACAUAGUUGGAGGCUUGUGUGCAUUCUCGAGAAAGGAAAAAAAACAACAACACUACAGCUAGCAUUGUUUUAACUGAUGUUGAUUGCACACUGAGAAAAGAAUAACGUGACUUGUAUCAUUUAUUUAUAUUGUAAAAACAAACUUUUGUUCAGCAGCCAGACAAAUUCUUUUCAUUUGAAGUUAAAAUAUGCAAAACUGUCAGUAUGGUCCUUGAAUUGAAAAUUAUUCAAAUGAAAAUUUCUCCUGGACACCUAACAAUGUGUAAAUUGACAAACAAUUAACAUGACUUAAUUUAUUAUGGUAAUUUACAUUUUUAGAGUUUUGACCCAAAAGUACACAACCACUCCAGGGUACGUGAGUGUGAUGUUUGCAUUUCAAAAUAUCACUUGCUUGAAAAUGUUGAAUGGACUUGUUGUCAAGCAGAUGGAGUGUUGUUUGUUUAUUUGUUUUCUUUGGUCAUUUUCUUUUAAGCCAUCAUGUUCCAUUAUUGCUUUGAAAUUUGCCUCUUUUUUUGUCGAGCAGAUAAUUGUGAGGAAAAAUAACAAAAAAAAUAUGCUGGUUGGAAAAACCUGUGACAUUUGGUUGUUGGGCAACCAAAUUUUAUAUUUGUAAAAAAAAAAACUAAAAAAAAAAACUUAUUUUAACAAGUUUGAAUUUUUUAUGGAGGGCUAUUCUCAUAUUCCACUCUGUAGAGAAUGAAGAGUUUUGUACAUAAUGCUGUAAAGUGAAAUGAUGGCCCAGAUAUGAGGAUGUACUAUAAUUAUUUUGUUAUUACAACAGAUGUCUUACUUAAUACAGAUAUUUAAAUAAGAAUUGCUCCAUAUAAUGUUAAUUCACCUUUCUUAGAAUAAUUACAAUGAAACACUUUGACAUUUUGAAUUUGUAGUUUGUUUGCUAACAGACACUAUGGGAUUACUAAACCUGAAAACAUCUCACUAAUGUUGUCACCAUUAGUCAAUUAGGUUUUAAAGAAUAACUAAAUUGCUAAGGUCCACCUAUUUAUUGGUGUCAAUGACCAUGUAUUCAUGCUUGUGAAAAUUGAAUUAUAAUGUGAUUAAGCAACCUUGAGCAAAGCCCUAGAUUACCUGCUAUGACUGAUCUCUCUAUGAUUUCAAUAAAAUAUAAUAUCUGCUUAUG